AUCUAUUUACGAUGUGCGUUUUUUUUGUUUAGUGCCCUACGGACGGAUGAAUUUGUUGUUUUUUAUUAUUAAUUCUUUAUUUCUCUCACUGUAUUUUUAGUAAAGACGUUUGUAAUUUGCACAAAUUAAUAGUAUUUUCGUUUUGUCUGACUGCCAUCGCUCGUGCUUGUGUUUUAUUCGAUUUUUCUGUCUGAACUAUUGAUCGAAAUCGGUGGACGCAGGACACAACGCACGCAGGUACGCCGCUUGAUGUUACGGCUAGUUACCGACAAUGAUCGAAAACGCGGAACUAGUUAUGCAGAUGCUAGAGAUGUACCAGAUGUACAAGCAACAGGUGCCCGUGGAGCUAGAAGAGUACCUUAGGUACGUCGCUAAGACAGGUAACACGCUAUUUCAAUGGUCGUUAGUCAAACCAUUCAUACGCGAAAAGAUACUGAACGUCAUUGCUGAGUUUGCUGACCAGUCUGCGCUUGCUGACAUACCUCCGUACCCGAAUGUUGAUCCAUUCAACUACGAGGCCAUGAAGACCAUGUUGCUGGAACGUUUCGACACUUUCAAUGGGCCACCAUUCACCAUACAGAGGCUCUGUGAGCUUUUGUCCUGUCCAAGAAAAGAGUAUAACCGUGUGGACAAAUUUAUGCGUGCUGUUGAAAAGAACAUAUUGGUUGUUAGCACUUGCGAGUUGAGGUCAAAACAUGAAGAUAUUAUUGUCAACGGUGUUCCAGAUCAUUGGGAAAACGGAAAAGAAUCUGAUAUUACCAUGGACUUAGUUGAUAAAAGUAAUGUUGUCUCAGAUAUUAAUGUUUUGAAUGGUAAUGAAACAGUCGAAAGUCUUUUGAACGAACUUGAGUCAAUGAAAACACCAGAAACCAAACAAGAUGAAAUCAAGACAGAACUUAAAGAUCACAUUGUUGUUGCAGAAGUUCCCGACGAAGUUGAACAAGGUCUUCCAACUGAACAACCCACACAAGAUAUUCCUCAAAUUGUAAUCACUGAAGAUACACCACCUCAGAUUAUAGAGUCUACAGAAGAAGUAGAGAAAAUUAACACAGAUUUUGUUGAAGUUAUUCAGGAAUCUAUGGUUGAUUUGCCAAAAGAGCAAAUCUCUGAAGUCUGUGAAAUUCAACCAGUUGUAGUAAAAGAACAACCAAAUUCUGUUGAAGAACAGAAGGAAAUAUCUUAUGAUAUAAAUCUUGAAGUCAACGAACCUAAUUCUAAAGAACCGAUAAUAGAGGGUAAUAAUUUGGAUCAUUCUGAAUUAACAUCAACAGAUGCAGAUCGAAUAGAAGGUUCAAUUAUUCAUCAAACCCCAGAUUCUGAAAAUAAUGUGGAAUUAGAUACAGCUGCUUCACAAUCAGAAAUUUUAUCUGAUAAAUCAAAAAAAGGCAUUGAAAAUAUGGAUGUUCAAAUUGAGGAAAUAUCUAAAUGUAUUAAACCAGAAAUAAAAUGUGAUAAUAUACAAAAAGAAAAUACAGAACCAACAGGUAUUGAUGAAAAUGACAAAGAGCAAGAUGAUGCAUCUUCUGUUGAUGUUAACUUGUCAGCUAUAGACACAAUUUCUACAAAAAUGGACAUAGAACUUGAUAAAAUUGAAAAUGAUCUUACCCAACAAGAAGUUAUACCAGUAAAUGAAGAAACAGAGGCAGUUGAACCUAAGACAAUACUUGAAGCACCUCAAGAAAAGGAUGAAAACAAAUUGACUGAAAUUGAAUAGUCUUGGUAAAUAUUAGACCUAAAAGAUAUUUUAAACUUUGACUGGUUAGGUUAAUAUUGAAAUUGUAUCUAUUAGAUAGGUAGGUAAAGUUAAA